AUUUAAAUUUAGAAGUCAUAGUUUUCCUUGCUGCGUCAAAGGUGUCUUCUAUUUUUCCCUUCUAUCUCUCUUUAAUGAGCUGCAAUUGGUUCUUCUCACAUGUCUACCUGUAAUUCGGUAUUUGCAUGCAUGAGCUCUGCUACUUAGGACAAAGAAGCCUCUUAACAAGACCGGGAAAAGAACGAACCAUUAGAGAAGCCAGGCUGGAAGCCUCUUAAAAAGACCGGCCACGGCACUUGCUCUUCACACUUUCACCGUUGAGGGAGGUAAUUCAGAAGCCACAGCUGUUAUGAGUUGCCCUCCAACUCUAGGGCAGCAAGUGACAUUUUUGGUAUUAUGGCGAGUAGUGUGCAUGAAUCAGGUUCUUUAAUUCUUUUUCUUUUUCUUUUCUGGUACCUACAGCUACAGAGUUUCGGUUAACAGAACUCCAAGUUGAAUAAAGGCUUUCAUGGCUCUUUCUUUCUACAUGUUGGCUUCCUAGACUUAGUAGCCUAUCACCAACUUAUGGAAUGAACUAGAACUUUCCACUUUUACUCAGAUAAAUUCUGUACGUUACUUAAAAUGCACGGCCACCUUGAAUACUUUGGUUUCCCCCUGCUUCUUUGCUUUAUUCUCCUCUUUCUUUUUUUAUUUCGAAAACUGCUUUAUUCUCUUCUUUUUCCUUUGCUUUGGAAUAGGGCAUUCUUUGUCCCCCAAAAUCAAAAUUUCUCUACUUAUUCAAAGUCCACAAUCAAUUAAGGCAACACUAGUUUGCGUGCCAACCUUGAAUGCUCAUAGCAAUCUUUUUGUCUGUAGAUUGAUCAUAUUGCUCCUUUUUUGAUGUGAAGAGGAUAUGGCAGAAGAACUCAACAGCUCUUUAGAGUAUACAUCAACAUGGGUUGUUGCAGUUGUUUGCUUUGUCAUUGUUCUACUAUCUCUUUGUGCGGAGCGUGCUCUUCAUAAACUUGGAAAGUACUUGAAGCGUGAGAAACAAGACGCGCUAUUUGAAGCACUACAGAAACUAAAAGAAGAAUUGAUGCUUUUAGGGUUCAUUUCCCUUCUACUAACUGUAUUUCAAGGUUCCAUAAGCCACAUGUGCAUCCCCUCUUAUCUCGCAUCUCACAUGCUUCCAUGCAAGCGGGAAACUUCUGAGGGAAACAACCAUGAACAUUACUUUCUUAAUCCAUCUCUAAACAAUCGGCGGCGGCUUUUGUCUGCAGAAACAAAUUCAGAUCAUUGUCUGAAGAAGGGGAAGGUUCCGUUGUUAUCGUUGGAAGCACUACAUCAUCUACACAUCUUCAUCUUUGUAUUGGCAGUUGUUCAUGUGAUCUUUUGUGUCACAACUAUGGUUCUUGGAGGGGCAAGAAUACGCCAAUGGAAGCACUGGGAGGAUUCUGUCAGGAAAGGUGCAGAUCCAACUAGCCGUAGAAGAGUUCGUGCACAUCAUCAUGAGUUCUUGAAAACACGUGGAGUUGGAUAUUGGAGAAAAGCGGCUGUGAUAGGUUGGGUGACAUCAUUCUUCAAACAAUUUUACGGCUCUGUCACUAAGUCGGACUACAUUGCACUGCGACAAGGGUUCAUCAAGGAGCACUGCCCUGGGAGUACUGAUUUUGAUUUUCACACAUACAUGAUGCGGACACUUGAAAUUGACUUCAGAAAAAUUGUUGGGAUAAGCUGGUACCUAUGGCUGUUUGUUGUGCUGUUUUUGUUGCUGAAUGUGGAAGGAUGGCAUACGUAUUUUUGGUUAGCGUUUUUGCCGCUGAUUCUUCUGCUUCUUGUGGGCGCAAAGCUGGAGCAUAUAAUUACCUGUUUGGCUCAGGAGGUGACAGAAGGGACAACACAGGCUGAUCAAGAAGCAGCUGCAAGAGUGAAGCCUUCAGAUGAACACUUUUGGUUUAACAACCCUCGCAUUGUCCUGAUUUUGAUCCACUUCAUAUUGUUUCAGAAUUCAUUUGAGAUUGCUUUCUUCUUCUGGAUUUGGAGCACGUAUGGAAUUCAUUCAUGCAUUAUGGAGAAGUUAGGUUACAUCAUACCAAGACUUAUUAUGGGUGUGAUUGUUCAAGUGCUUUGCAGUUACAGCACCCUACCGUUGUAUGUUAUCGUCACCCAGAUGGGUACCUCGUUCAAGGAAGGAAUGUUUAAUACAAUGGUACAAAAAUAUAUCGGUAUGUGGGCUGGAGAUAUAAAGAGUAAACGUGAGAAAACAGACAGCGAUGGAUCUGUCUCACAGAGGACAGAGAUGCACAAAAUGGUGAAUAUAGAAUUAUCUCAAAUUGUUGAUAUUACACAACAAGAAACAGUUGCCACCCAAGAAAUGGUCUCUCAUGUCCAACCGCCAUUAUCAUCGUCUCAUGCUCAACUUUCUUCAUGAUUAUCUUAUUUAUUCAUUUAAUUUCAUGUAAUGUAAUGCAAGCAUAUGCUUAAAUUAAUUAUGUGCCCAGCCCAAAUAACAUAUUUCAUUGUCAUUCAAUUGUCUGCCCUCAUUCGUCCGAAAUGAACUAUGAAACUAAGCUUGCUUUGCUUACAUCAAAAUAUUGCAUCCUCCCCCUCACCUUAUUACUA